GACAGAAUCAUAUACAUUCUAUCCUAACGAUCUCUUUUGUACAUGAGUACAUGUCAUCCCUGACGAAGAGGUCACCCACAAAAUGUUAAUAUCAUGAAGUCUCCCUUUCCUCCCUCAGCCUCCACACCAGGCUCUGGACAGCUCACCACCGUCCUGCUACCCAACGGGCACUCCCAUCUCUUCAACAUAACCUACCAGUACCCUCUCAAAUUAAUCUCUCCGCCACGCAACAUUCAGCAGCACCUCUCAGCGCUCGUAUUUCUCCUCUCCUACGGCGGUGGACUUGUGAGCGGCGACACCAUUUCCCUACGCAUCACCGUCAGCGCGGGAUCCAAGCUCUCCGUCGUCACGCAGGGCCACACCAAGAUUUUCAAGGCCGCCUCGGCCGAGAUCACCACACGGCAGAUUCUGGACGUGGCGAUUGAGGACGGCGCGGCGUUAUGUCUCCUCCCAGACCCUGUCCAGCCGUUCGCCGACAGCGUCUAUGAGCAGAAGCAGACCUUCCGGCUGGUGGGCGAGGGCGCAUCGCUAUGUAUGCUGGACUGGGUGACCCAGGGGCGCAAGGCGAGGGGCGAGGAUUGGGACCUGAUCAGAUGGGUCGGGCGCAAUGAGCUGUGGUGGUCCGCCUCUGCCUCGGACAGGGCGAGGCUCCUGGUGCGAGACGCCGUGAAGCUUGACGGCAAGGCCUCGCUGUCGCACGUCGUCGGUGAGCUACGAGACACGAUGCACGGCGCAGGCAUAUUCGGGACGCUGAUCCUGCGGGGCCCGCUGAUGAGAGCACUGGGCGUGUUUUUUGUCAAGGAAUUCGGCGCGCUGCCUCGCAUAGGGGCACGGGACUGGCGCAGCGAGGACGCCAAGAUGGAGGACGGACAAGGCAAGGAGAAGGACCCACACGAGACCUGGCGGGCCGGGAGGCUCAAGCUGGAGAAGGACGAGAGGGUGCUUUGGUCGGCAGCUAGUAUCAGGGGCAGUGUAGUCGUUAAGUUCGCCUCUGCUACGGUUGA